AUGUGUCCGAUGGCGUUUGGUAACCGACGAUUUCACUAUGACAUCGGAUUUGAGCUAAGGUCAAUCCUAUCACAAGCUUGUUUUCUUGACUGUCCUCGUCUUGCACAUCCGGUUUCUCCGCAAGACGAGAUCUCACUGUCUGAAUAUGGAGGCGCUGAAGGUGGAGCAAAAUAUGAUUGCCCCGACAAUUGCUCCUUUUCUAAAUGUCAUAGAGAAAAUGCUGAAAGUAAAGUGAAAGGCUAUAUAAUUGUAAAAAGUGGUCGAAUGCUUGUCUUGAUAGGAGAAUUUUUCCCUGAUAGAAUACAAGCACAGUUCGCUGUGGAAAAUGAGCAGCAUCAGGUUGUGGGUCAUAAGUCUUCGACAGAUCCCUGUCCCCCUGUUCAUCGUGCAAAAUGCAAUUCGACAGCGCGCACUCUAAUGGUAAUUUAUGCUUCCCAUGUGCUAGCACACAGUCGCAAAAGCGCGUCCUCUCGACGAAAUACUAUUGAGAGAGCUUUUCAUUCGCAGCUUAGCCAAGACAGCAAGGAACCAAAGCCGUUAUGGCUUGAAGUGAGCGUAGUGGAGCACCGCGAGCCCGUUUCUAGAGGGGAUGCUAUCAAAAGAGCUCUCAAAUCACACGAAAACCCUCUGGAAGACGCAUCCAUGACCAGGAAUCCCGAGCACCUUCGCGUGCUGCCCAAGGGAGCCCCGUUCGUGCACAAUUUCGAUCCGACGCUGCAUAUUUACUACAGCAGUGCAGCAAUACAG